AUGCUCGAUGGAGUCGACCCAAAGACCGGGAAAAAAAUGACAGACGAAAGUAUCAUGGAUAAUUUGAUCACCUUCUUGGUGGCUGGCCAUGAGACGACAUCGGGAUUACUGUCGUUUGCAUUAUGGAGACUUUUGGUCAACCCUGAAGCAUAUCAGAAGGCCCAGCAAGAGGUUGAUGAAGUUGUUGGAAAAGGCCCAAUCAACGUUAACCACCUCUCAAAGUUACCAUACAUUAACGGCGUACUACGCGAGACAUUGCGACUUACUCCGACACUUCCAAUAUUUACUGUUGAGGCCUUUGAGGACACCUUGCUUGCAGAAAAAUACCCUGUUAAAGCAGGCGAGCCGAUCAUCAACCUGCUUGGUGCGGCUCAGCUUGACCCUGCGGUCUUUGGCAAUGAUGCCCACGAAUUCAAACCGGAGCGCAUGAUGGACGACAACUUCACAAAUAUUACACGGAAAUUCCCUAAUUGUUGGAAGCCGUUUGGCAAUGGCGUUAGGGCAUGUAUUGGCCGUCCCUUCGCCUGGCAAGAGUCUCUGCUGGUCAUGGCGAUGCUGCUUCAAAAUUUCAACUUUGUGUUGGACCCCAAUUACAGCUUCUCGUUCAAACAAACUCUCACUAUAAAGCCAAAAGACUUGCGAAUGCGUGCCAUUCUUCGGGACGGUCUAACACCGACGACCCUGGAGCGCCGCUUAAGCGGUCAAACGCAGCUCGAGAAGACUACGGAUUACACUAAGGCCAAUAAAGAUACUCUACAGGCGGAGAGCGGGAUGCCGUUAGCGAUUCUGUACGGUUCCAACAGCGGUACUUGUGAGUCGUUAGCACAACGCGUCGCUACAGAUGCUGCUAUUCAUGGCUUUCGCCCUACCACGAUUGACUGCCUUGACAGCGCAAAUGGCAGCUUACCUACCGACCGACCCGUCGUAAUCAUUACGGCCUCGUACGAGGGUCAACCUGCCGAAAAUGCUGGACACUUCGUGGCUUGGGUCGAAAGUCAGGACAAGUCCCUUCUACCGCUAAAAGGUACAUCCUACGCCGUCUUCGGCUGCGGUCAUUCGGAUUGGGUACACACUUUCCACCGAAUUCCUAAGCUGAUUGAUAACUCCCUUGAGCAACUUGGUGCUACGCGUCUCGCUGAUGUCGGCCUUACGGAUGUCUCAACAGACGAGGUCUUCACAAACUUCGAGUUCUGGGAAGAUAAUCUUCUCUGGCCAGCACUCAAAAGCAAGUAUAAGCUUGCUAGCGUUAACACCACCAACGCAAAGAGCAUAGAGGUUGUCAUCAGUAACCCUAGAGUCUCAACCCUACGGCAGCAUCUUGAGGAAGCCACUGUUACUGAAGCGGUAAUGCUUACUAAACCUACUGCUCCUGAGAGCAGAAAGAAGCAUAUCGAGGUCAAGCUUCCACAGGGCAUGACCUAUACUGCUGGAGACUACCUUUCAAUCCUCCCCAUCAACCCUAAAGAGACCGUUUACCGCGUAAUGCGAUAUUUCCACCUUACUCGUGAUGCUUACCUUAGCAUCAAGACGAACGGACCUACCUCCCUCCCGGUUAAUACCUCAGUCCCUGUUAAUGACAUUUUAAGCUCUUACGUUGAGCUUUCCCAGCCUGCUACGCGAAGAGACCUUAGGACAAUUUCAGAAUACACGGAGGAUAUGGAAACUAAGGCUGAACUGGAUCGUUUAUCAGGAGAGGCCUACACCGAUGAGAUUAGCAGCAGGCGCGUAUCUGUCAUUGAUCUGCUUGAGCGCCACUCUCGUAUCAAGUUACCGAUUGGGGCUUUUCUGUCAAUGAUGCCAUCAAUGCGUAUCAGACAAUACUCAAUCUCCUCGUCGCCAAUGGUACAUCCUGACUCUGCAUCACUUACAUUUUCUGUCCUCAACAAGCCUUCACUCUCAGGCUCAGGCUACUUCAUCGGCGUCGCCUCAUCUUAUCUUGACUCACUCACUAAAGGCGACUCACUUCACGUCGCAGUUCGACCAUCGCAUGCCGCCUUCAGACUUCCAUCUGACGCUGAAAGAACGCCUAUCAUCUUCGUUGCUGCCGGAACCGGAAUUGCCCCUUUCCGCGGAUUUAUCCAAGAGCGCGCUGCUAUGCUUAUUGCUGGUCGAACUCUUGCACCUGCGUUGCUCUUCUUUGGCUGCCGCUCACCUGACAAUGAUGACCUGUACCGUGAAGAGUUAGACGAUUGGGAGGCCUUAGGUGCUGUCUCAGUGCGCCGCGCGUUUAGCUGGGAGUCAGACAAAAGUAACGGCUGCAAGCACGCUCAAGAUCGUGUGUGGCACGAUCGCAAGGAGCUUAUCCAUUUAUGGGAGCAGGGCGCUAAGAUAUAUGUUUGCGGAUCCCGUGACGUGGCCGAGUCAACCAAGGAGACAAUUAUCAAGAUCAAGAUCGCGAUGGAGAAGGAAAAAGGGGUAGAGACAGAGGCGGAAAGCAUCCAAGAGUGGUUCGACUCUCUAAGAAACAUUCGCUAUAUGACUGAUACAUAUGAUUAG